AUGGCCCCAUCAAAUCGACUGGGGGCCAUGUGCAAUGGCUCGAAACUGUCUUUGUUCCGAUCACAGAGAGCCGGCCAGCCAGGGCCUCUCGUCAGCCUUUGUGUUGACGGCUCGAUAGUUUGCUGUGAGAGAUUCGAACAGCGUUGUGUCCGCGAUGACGCAGCACUGAUAGCUUUGCACCGAAUGUUUUCGCUGUCGUCGGCCAGCACGGCUCCCAUGCCAUCAAUCUCGGCAGCCCUGAUCGAGGCGGCUCGAACGAAGGAGUCACUCUAUGAUGCGGAUGAAAACGAGCAGAGUUCCGGCACGCCGCGAACAUGGAGGUGCUCGUUCAAGCGAGUGAUCAAUUUGUUUACGGGACAGUUCUACCCACAUCAUCUGAAGAUGUUUGUAUUAUUCGUUAUUGCUGCGCUACAUCUUGCCUAUACCAGAGAAUUUCUAACGACGUUCCGAGCAUAUGAAUCUCUCGCUAAUCAGGUUGAAUAUCGAGCAUCCCCAGAGGUUGGGAACCAAGCCGAUAUCAAUUUGGUACGAUUCGUCAUGAUUGCUCUCAUAGAUGUAAGUUACUCUAUAUUAUCUACAGAAUGUAACCUAAUAUUAGUCUAA